GGAGGAGGAGGAGGAGGAGGAGGAGGCAAGUCAAGGCGCCUGCAAAGAACUUCGCCGCUGCCCAGCGACUCCCGCGGCUGGAAGCGCCCGAGUGGGUCGGCAGCUAUGCUGGGGGGGAGCGGUGCUCCGCGGCUGGGGGGUCCCGGGGCGCUUUAGGCAAGGCAGGGCGAGGCUGAGCUGCGACGGGGCUGGAGAGAAGCCCGAGGGCGCCGUUUCCCCGCUUGCCUUCCUUCCUUCCCUGGAGCUGGGGAAGGAAGGCGCCCCCCCGGGAGAAGAGGGGGAGCCAGCCCAGCGGUCCCCAGGCAGUUGAGGAAGAAGAGGAAGAGGAGGAGGAGGAGGAGGAGGAAGGGGCAAGGAUGAGCCUCUUGUCAGCCAUCGAGACCACCGCCGCCUCCGUUUACCAGCCGGCCCAGUUGCUCAACUGGGUCUACCUCUCCUUGCAAGACACGCACCAGGCCAGCGCCUUCGACGCCUUCCGCCCGGAGUCUUCCUCCGCCCAGCACUCGGAGCUCAGCUACCCCAACAAGGGCAGCGCCGAACUGGGCACCUCUGCGCUCAGCUCCAGCUACCUGAACAGCUUCCUGCAGCUCCAAAGGAGCGAGGCCUUGAACAGCAGUCUGUAUAAGAGCGGCUCUCCUUACGGCUCUCUUAAUAACAUCGUGGAUGGCUUAAAUUCCCUGACGGAACAUUUUUCGGACAUUUCCCUUUCCUCAGAUGCCCGCAAGCCGAGCAAGAGACCCCCACCCAACUAUCUCUGCCAUCUUUGCUUUAACAAGGGACACUACAUCAAAGACUGCCCACAGGCUCGUCCAAAAGGAGAAGGCUUGACGCCAUACCAAGGGAAAAAACGCUGCUUCGGUGAAUAUAAGUGCCCCAAAUGCAAGAGAAAAUGGAUGAGCGGCAACUCGUGGGCCAACAUGGGACAAGAAUGCAUCAAGUGCCAUAUUAACGUUUAUCCUCACAAGCAGAGACCCCUGGAAAAACCCGAUGGGCUAGAUGUCUCAGAUCAAAGCAAAGAACACCCUCAGCAUCUCUGUGAGAAAUGUAAAGUCCUGGGCUACUACUGCCGCCGGGUGCAAUAAAGGAACCCAUGGAGACUGCAAUAAAGGAACCCAUGGAAGAAACCCUGUGGCAGCACUCAACAGCCAAAAGGGAAGGAAGAGGACCCAUCAUCUAAGAACCUUCAUCCAUCACCAAUAUUGCCUAACCUAAUCAUAUGCCUUUCCUUCAACUGAAUGUAACACUUCCCCUGUGCGCCUACGGACGUACAAGUUGUAUCUCUAGGUCUAUGUGGUGUUAUGUGUAUUCCUUCCUUAAGGGUCUUGCAAAACAAGCCAUGUUAAUAUGGGUGGAGACCAACUGGCCACUGGCUCUUACUGGACUAUGCCCGCCAUACUCACGGUGGACACCCACCACUACGGUGGUUUUCCACUGAUCGUUUACAGAAUUCCAGUAUUUUACUCCAAGUGAACUAGUAUUGUUGGUUCCAGAGAGAUCUGUAAGGUCAGGAACAUAGGCUUGGAUGAAUUAAGGAGUUGGGGUGGGGUGGGAACAGGCAGGCAUGACUCAAAAUGCAUUUUAUGGGGCGGUAUAUAAAUCUAAAUGCUAUUGAUCAGUGCUCUUUUAGCUAAUGCUGCCAGCUAGAAUUCUUUAAAAGCUAAGAUCUUAAGAGGUAUUACAAGGAUGUGAUGUAAACAUUCAGUUUUCUUGGCGGUGGAGAUAGCUUGGAAGUUCUACCAGCUCGCUUGCUUUCCAAGAUGGAAUCCUCUAAAGCUAUAGGAUUCCUGAGCUAAGGGAAGAAUGAAGGAUGUGGUGCAAAUAUUCAUUUUUCUUGACGAGGGACGUGGUUUGGACGUUCUGCCAGCUUGCUUGCUUUCCAAGACUUUUGGUGAGCUUCAGGUUUUCCUUUUGGUUUUUUUAAUCUGAGGGCUUCAAUGAACAAGUGAAUAAUUGUCUGACGAGCGGUUUUUAUGGGAACGUGACGAUGGUAGAACACGUAGAGUGGAAUAAGACUUUGUCUUUCUUGUGUAGCACGUUUAUGACAAUGGAGGUUCCACUAAAAUCCAGAAGGCCUAUUUCAGAACAAGCUUGCAUAAAUGCACUCCUUUUUACAGGCUGCUGUUGUUUACCCUGACUUCCCAUGGCAUCUGUUACCUUAACCUUUUUCUUUCGCUCCCAAUGAUGGCUAAAUUUUCUAUCCUCAGGCUGCAAAACCAACGUAUGUAGCCUACAAGAGAAGCAUCACUUUACCCUCAACAGACCAAGAGUAUCCAAAUUCAGUUCCCCCUCUCCACUUGGGUCUGUUUCUCUACCAUCCUUGUCCCCCAAAUAAUAAUUUUUGGUGGAGUUUGGCUUGUUCCUCCAUCAACAAUUAGUGAUGGAGCCAGCCAAGGCAAGUCUUCAAACAUGGCCCUUUUAUGACUUGUGGACUUCAACUCCCAGAAUUCCUCAGCCAGGCCUGCUGGCUGAAGAAUUCUGGGAGUUGAAGUCCACAAGUCAUAAAAGGGCCAACUUUGAAGACCCCUGAGCCAAGGUUUCAUAUCUCUCUCCUCCUCUCCAUUUCUCUCUCUCUCACAACAGACACACGUGGGCAUCUGCAGAGGAAAGAUUUUCAAACGUCGAAGUGGCACAUUUUGACAAUCAAAGCCUAACUGUUUCUGACACCCCAGGGGCUAGGCAAGUUUUGAUUGCAUGUGUGUGGGUAACUUUUUUGAUCAACCUUCGGGUACUUUCAUACCUACACCAUUACAGAGAGGAAGAGAGCAGGAAGAAAUGUGACAGCCAUCCAUUCAAUAUCUCUGGAGUGGAGUUCUGAAGGUCUUAAAUCAAAUCCUCUGUCCUUUGUUUUUGAACUGUCUUGAGCCACAUGAGGUUCUAAAAACAUGGUAAGAGAGAAGGCAAGAACAGCUAAGGAGCUGUCCCAUGUAGAGUAGAGUAGAGUAGAGUAGAGUAGAGUAGAGUAGAGUAGAGUAGAGUAGAAUAGAAUAGAAUAGAAUAGAGUAGAAUAGAAUAGAAUAGAAUAGAAUAGAAUAGAAUAGAAUAGAAUA